AUGGCGUUGGCGUUGCCGCUCCCUGCGUGGGUUGGUGCGGAGGCCGUGGGGGCGCUGACGGCGCCCCAGCGGCGUAUUCGCGAAGAUAGCGAUGUGGAUUUGUGGCGCGAGAGCGCAGCACACGAUGCCGUGGUCCUUUUUGUGAUGCGCCUCGGCGAGGCGAGUGUCGGGCACGCUACGCAGCAGGUCGCAUGGACCGACGCGGCGGCGCGGUGCACGUCGGACGAUGCGGUGGAGCGUGUGCUGGGGCUCUUGCAGACACUCGAUGCAUGGACAGACGAGAUCGAACUGCACACGACGAGCCAGCGCUUUGGCAACCUCGCGUUUCGGACGUGGGGCGCACGCCUCGAAGAGAAGCUGGACGCGCUGCACGAGGCGCUGCUUCCGCCUGCGCUGCACCCGUUUAUCGUGGAGCUGCGUGCGUACCUCUUGGAGGCCUUUGGCUCGUUCGUGCGCAUCGACUACGGCACCGGACACGAGCUCAACUUCCUGGCGUGGCUCGGCUAUCUCCACCGCCUGCGCCUCUUUGUGCGCUCCGACGAGGCGGCGGACGUUGCGGCGGCCGAGCGGCGGCUUGCGCUCGAGGUCUUCCCUGCGUACCUACGUGUCGUGUGGCACCUGCAGGACCACUACUCGCUCGAGCCGGCCGGGAGCCACGGCGUGUGGGGCCUUGACGACUACCAGUUCGCCCCGUACAUUAUCGGCGCCGCACAGCUGCGCCAUGCCGAGACGCUCACGCCGCAAGGCGUGGUGAACCGCAGCCUGUACCCCUAUGCGUCCUGGAAGGAGCCGCGCGCGGGCCCCAAGAUCUCGGUGCAAGAGACGCUGUACUACGUGCCGCCCGUCGCAGGUGCCGAGCCGAUACCCAAUCUGUACAUUUCGUCCCUCGCACGCAUCCACUCGCUCAAGCGCGGCCCGUUUACCGAGCACUCGCCGCUGCUCACGGAUGUCUCGUCGAACGUCGCGUCGUGGUACAAAGUCUAUACGGGCAUGCUGAAAAUGUACGAUGCCGAGUGCCUACUCAAGCGCCCGGUCGUGCAGCACUUUGUCUUUGGCGGCGUCGGGUAUCCGUGGCCGACCCACGCGCCGACACCGACGCCGUCGCCGUGGGUGAUGCGCGCCGUGUCGACCGCACCCGUAUCGCGCACCUCGACGCCGGUCGGCCGUGCGACGACCGCCGCGUCCGCGGCGAGUUCGCGUACGUCGACGCCUCCGGUGCGUGCUCCGUGGGCAAAGGAUCCAUAG